GCUUCGACAGAGCUGAGUCGUGCCGAAGUGGUAAGCUCUGAGGCCGAAGUGGAAGCCACAGGGAAGCAGCUGCAGAUCGCGAAGACAGCACUGGUGGAAGCUCGGGGGCGGGUGGAGGAGCAGCAACGACUUGCGGACGCUGCUGUCACAGCCAUCCAAUCGGCUAAAAAUGAUGCUGGACGUCUCAAGGAGACUAUUUCCGCCACUACCUGCGAAAUUGACCGUCUCAUCCACGACGUUGAUAUUCACAGCAAGGAAAGUAAGGAAGCCACCAUCAAGCUUGCACAAAUGUUGGAAUCGAACGCGUGGAUAGCGGAUGAGCGUCACCACUUUGGCGUGGCCAAUGGGCCUUUCGAUUUUGGCAAGCGGGAUCCCGCUGAGGCUCGUCGGCGCGUGUCUCAGCUGAGCGAGCGGCGGGACAAGUUGAGUCGCACGGUGAACAUGCGAGCAAUGAACAUGCUGGGCACCGCAGAGGAACAGUACGCUGACCUUCUACGCCGUCGCGAGAUUGUGCUGGCAGAUAAACGCAAGAUUCAGGCAGUCAUUGAUGACCUAGACGCACGCAAAGAACAGGUAUUACGUGCCGCUUAUGAGAAGGUGAAUGCGGAGUUCAGCAGCAUUUUCUCCUCCCUCCUGCCUGGGACCCGUGCCCAACUUGUUCCCCCAGAGGGACAAACCAUACUAGAGGGUCUACAAUUUCGUGUAGCGUUCGGCGACACCUGGAAGGAGUCACUGAGCGAACUCUCGGGGGGACAGAGGUCGUUGGUGGCCUUGGCACUGAUUCUGGCCUUGCUGCUCUUCAAGCCCGCGCCUAUCUACAUCCUGGACGAGGUAGACGCUGCAUUAGAUCUUUCACAUACCCAAAAUAUCGGCCAGUUGAUUAAAAAUCAUUUCAAUAAUGCUCAGUUUAUAGUGGUUUCACUCAAGGACGGAAUGUUCAAUAAUGCCAAUGUCCUUUUCAAGACAAAAUUUGUCGAUGGUGUCUCCACAGUAACGCGGCACACGCCUUCAACUUCCUCUUCCGCUUUGGCUUCGGCAGCUUUGCGUUCUGCAAAAGCCAGCGAUGAUAUGCGCCCUCACCAAAUUGGUGGUCGACGCAAGUUGGCUGCAUAA